AUGACAUUUCUCAGCAGCCUAUGCGGCUGCUUCAGCCGCAGCGAUGUUUCCCCGCGCCCAUCAUCUCAACCUGAGAUGCAAGAUACUACACGCCAAAACACCGCCCGCCAUGGUGUUCAAACUGGCCGCUUUACUCUCUCCGGCGAGGGCGAGUUCAUUCGUGCAGCCGGUGCCAGCGGACAAGAUGGUCACGGUCACGGACCUCCCCCGCCCGCUGACUCUGAGAGAGGCUAUGCAAGCGUGGACCCGCUCCCACAAUACACACCGCGUCCGAGAAGCAUUCACGAAAAGACUCUCGAGGCACAUCUACGUGACCCGCCUAUCUCCUCGGACUCGUAUGGCUAUCAUGCCGAUGAAAAGAGCCGGGGCUUCGCCGACGAGGAUACAACUUCUGACACAGCCUCUACCUUCUCGUACCCCAGCAGCUAUGGAAACACAUCGACUGCGACCCGGGAAACCCCACCGCCGGCUUACUCUCCUCGUCAUUCGGUUGUUCUUUCUAGAUCAAGAUCUAUCUCUGUCACGUCGGCUAUGGCUGUUACCCUCAAUCCUCCUCCCAUGGCGAGGGUGAGUGGUCGAAUCACGGCUCCCUCUUCGGAGGCGGAUGAUAUGUCUAUUCGUCGUCAUCGAAGAGUCUCCUGGGAGAGCCGUUGA